AGUCAUGUGCCCUGUCACUGGGAUAACUUUCUGUCUACUUAUCAAACACUGCUGCGGAAUAAUGUCCAUGUUUCGCUCCAGUUCAUCCCGUCCUCUCGUUGGACAGGGUAGAGAAAUGGCUGCAGAGGAGCCAGUUCAGAGGCCGAUGACCUUCGAGGAAGUGGCUGUGUAUUUCACCAGGGAAGAGUGGGCUCUGCUGGACCCUACUCAGAGAGACCUCUACAGGGAUGUCAUGCAGGAGAACUAUGAGAAUGUGACCUUGCUAGGUAAGGGUUACUCUCCCCUCAGUUCUUGGAAUGGGAAGUGA